GUCAUCUGAUGUCACUGCCGCACCUGCGCAGCCAUCUUGUACUUUUCCUGCGGCCAGAGAAGAAGGAAGAAAAGCAAGGAUAAAAUAACCGUGGUGUUGUUCAGUAGAGUAAUGUUCGGUAAGUAAAAAGGGACUAGGCAGAAAGGCAGUGUGCGGUGUGACAGCAGCGGAGGGUAAACAGACACGCAGCGGAGUUCGCCACAGUGCCUCAGAAACGCAGACGGAGGAGUUAUCUGUUUUCUGGGAGGGAAAGAAGAAGGAAGAGUGUCCGUCAGAUUUCCACCUAAAAAAAUAAAAAGACACCCCGGCCUUCACCAACAUGAAUCCUGAAUAUGACUACCUGUUCAAACUGCUCCUCAUCGGUGACUCUGGAGUGGGCAAGUCAUGUCUCCUGUUGAGAUUUGCAGAUGACACGUACACAGAGAGCUAUAUCAGCACCAUCGGAGUGGACUUCAAGAUCCGCACCAUUGAACUGGAUGGCAAAACUAUUAAGCUUCAGAUUUGGGAUACUGCUGGACAGGAAAGGUUUCGCACCAUCACUUCCAGUUACUACAGAGGAGCCCAUGGCAUCAUUGUGGUGUAUGAUGUCACUGAUCAGGAGUCCUACAACAACGUAAAGCAGUGGCUGCAGGAGAUUGAUCGCUACGCCAGUGAGAAUGUCAACAAGCUGCUGGUUGGGAACAAGUGUGACCUCACCACCAAGAAAGUAGUGGACUACACAACAGCCAAAGAAUUUGCGGACUCUCUCGCCAUCCCUUUCCUUGAAACGAGCGCUAAGAACGCCACCAACGUGGAGCAGGCCUUCAUGACCAUGGCUGCCGAGAUCAAGAAACGCAUGGGCCCGGGAGCUACGGCUGGAGGAGACAAGCCCAACUUGAAGAUCGAGAGCACUCCAGUUCGACAGUCUGGUGGUGGCUGCUGUUGAAGAGCCUGUGUCUCGCACCUACACACACAAAAACACGCCCUCUCUGCCCUACACAUACACACAUGCCCAUACACACGCACGCACACACACACACACACACACACACACACUUACAUCUAGGAGCAUAAGAACAGAAGGUGAAGAUGUUCUAACGUUCUCAUGGGAGUAACCACUGCGUUCGAAGCCAAAGCUUGAGAUUUAACUUUCUCUUGGCUUCCUUGCAAGGAGUUUUGUAGCUUCCUCUGAGAUCCUGUUCUUCUCCUUGGUUUUAUACUCCUAGACUUCACACCCUAUCUCUCUCAACCUUUUGUCUUCACAAACCUUGACCUAUUCUUCUACUUUAGUCUCACUUGUGUUCAAUUUUCCACCCCCAACCCUCUACAGACACAAUGAUUUCUGGGUCCCUAGAAAGCUUACCUGUCCUAUGACCGACAUGUGCAAAUUCAGAAUAGAAAGGUAAUUGGCUUUUGGAGGACAUCUGUUUAUUAUAUGCAGAGCUGAGGGAAGCGAGUGAGGAGGGAAAGUUAUGUAGUCAUGUUUGUCAUGAAGUCUCUUCCCCAGUUUUGCAUUCACAGAUCUAACACACAAACCCUUGUAAACUUGUGGAAGUUUCUUUUGGUUGUUGAGUGUAUAAAGAAUGAAAAACAACAAAUUUGGCAAUAUUAUAUAUUUCAUAUUCUGAUCUUACUAGGAUUAUUAUUCAUUUUAAGACUUCUUGUAGGUUUUUUUUUUUUUCCUAAUCAUAAUUAUUGUACAAAGGCUUACUGCUGUCAAAUGAAGGUGUUUGGCGGGGAGGGGGUGGAACGCUUGAUGUCUGGGGUUUAGGCUGGCUGACUAAAGCUACUGUUCCCUGUUACCUCAUUUAGCUCUUCCCCUGUCAUUUGUUUUCAGGGUAAAAAAAAUAAUAAAUUCAGACUGGAACUCAAAAGCCUAGUGGUGGCACAAUUCUCUUCUGUAUUUUAAGUAAAAGUCAGUCGUUGUCCUUCAUCACUGGACGCUUAGUGCAGUAAGGCAGUAGUAUACGUAAAAUACAUGCAGUCUUUUUGUAGAGUAGUUUGUUUUAGGAUUGCGAGCUGAGCUUUCGUUUUUUUUUGUUUGUUUGUUUGUUUUCCAGUAAGUUUUCCUGGUGUGAUUCUACUCUUGUUUCAGCCAUUCUGUCUUUUUUUUGUCAGAAUUACUGUAGCUUUUUGUCCAAGAUGUCUUCGGUUUGACGAGUGCUUUGACAUCUUAGCGUUUUGACUAGUUGGUCUUCUCCAGAAUCUGUAUAGGCGUCGCGCAUGUUCCACUGUACCAGCUCUGUGUUUGACCCAACCCAUCAUCCCUGCAAAACUGUGUGGUUUAGAAACGUCUUUUGUAUGUGUACAUAAAGUGUAAACAUACAUGUAGAGGGAUUUAAUUUGAAGUACCCAUGAAGGUGUGUUAAAACAUUUGGAAGUUUAUACUGAGUGUCUUAUCAAGAUCGAGGAUGUUGGGACUGACUGGUCUUGGCUUAAGAGACCGGAUAUGACCUUCCAUAUCCUCCGAAAAGCUAAGUGCAACACUCAUGGUCAAGUCCCUUUUAUUCAUUGGGUGUGAAAUAAACCUUGAAGUAAAAUACAGGACUUUUCUUUACUUGGUCCAGACCAGUACAAAAAAUCAUUUUGGCAGUAUGAGAGUUAUAUAUAGAUCAUCAAAUUAAAACCCCUCUACCCCAUUCAGUGUGAUUUCAACCUCACAUGACAAACAAUGUCCCUUUAAUGAAUAUUUUGGAUUCAGAGCCCACGAGCAGUGACGGCCUCUGGUGGACAGCAGACAGUGUUUUUGUCAUAAUACGUAGAUUGUAGGUUGUAGGAAAAGAAACAAAACAACAUAGAUGCAGUUUGUAGAAUUCACUGUUUAAGUGUUGACCUGUCUUAAAUUUCAUAUUGUAAUAUUAGAUUACUAAUAAACUGAGCCAUUUCAAACUACUUUUAAUGCCACUUCAGCCAUUGCUAACCUCAGAGUAACAAUGUAUUUUGGGAGAGUAAAGACAGUUUGUUUAGUAAGUGACGGGAUUGGUGGAAUAGGGGUGGAGGGAGCAGUAGCAGGUUGGUGUACAGGGUGUACAGGAUGGGGUUGGGUUUACUGUAUUUAGGAACAUUCCUUCCAUUUCACUUACACGUGAUGUCCGCAAACGAAAUAUACGUCUCACUUCAGACCUGUACUCCAUCAUCCAUCACACAUUAAAUCUGAGUGUGCCCUGUUUCUGACAUGUUCAGAAUACGUUUUUUUUUUUCUUUUCUCUUCCCCCCCACAAGGCUUGCUGUUCUACUGAUUUUAACCUAUGAAUUGAGCUAUUACAUUGUGAUGCUGUGUGUCUGAUUAAUGGAUGUGAGCCUAGGGGAAAUAUUGUAGAGGGGUGGGACAUUAUUAAAAGUUGGGAGGGCUACUUCUGAAUGUGAUCGAAUUUUGCGGUGUGUGCUUUUUUUUUGGUUUGUUUUGUUUGGCUUUUACUUUUUAACUUUUGUUUAUUGUUCUCUUUCUGUCGUUUGCACAUCUCUAUGUUGCUUUGGGUGAGGCGUAAUGAAGGCAUGGGCGACGGUUGUAGCGAGCACCAGGCCGGUAGUUCCCCUCUCCCUCUGCUUGCUCACUCUGGUGCUCUCUUUCAUAGCUCAGUUUGAUCAUGUUUUUCUUCUUUCUGUACAUAUUAUUAUAAAUAUAUAUAAUAAAAAAGAUCAAUGUCUUAA